AUGCUUGAUCUUCUAAGCAGGAUCAACAUCACAACAUUCUGUUUCGGGAUACGGCCUCCACCUGCUUUCGGAUCAAUAGUUGAAGGAUCUCGAUAUGUCUACCUGAAAUCAUCUGACAUGCAAGGUCAAUCACAAACAGUUCCCUUGCUUUACGGGCACCGUAUCAUUGCCAAAGCAUCAUCUCGCGGCCAAGAAUGCUUGUCUAGUGCGCAUGCAAUCAGACGAGUCAACAAUGCCUUGCUCACGACUAUAGAUUACGAGAUUGAGCUAGGAACGAAUGCAGCUCUAUAUCGACCUGGAAGAAUCAGAGGCGGAAACUUGCAUUGCCGUAAACUGGCCGUAGAGGUUUUGAUGUUCAUUUCAUUGAUUCUGCUUACAGUAACAUUGGAAGGCAAUGGCGAGAUUCUGUCUUUGAUGCCAUUCUUGCCCUCGGCUUUCGAAUUCCGUCUCAUAGCCUUGAAUUACUCUCGAUCAAGCGACCUGCGAGAGGAGGGCAUCUAA